GCCUUAGCUGCGCAGCCGUACAUUGCCGCGGCAGGCAAUCACUGGGUCCCAGCCAUUGAUUACCCACUGGCGCCCGUGAUUACCGACAAUCACCGACGGGGAGGAGGGCUGCAUUGUUUACUAAUAGUCCUCCUCCCUGUCAGCUUGGGCACACUGCUCUGGAUAGCUAGCAGUGUGCUUACAGUGAAGCACCAACACACCGUCCCCCAGUAAAACACUCCCAGCACACAGUUAAUCUUUUGAUUGCCCCACAUGUUAACCCCUUCCUGCCCAGUGCCAUUAGUACAGUGUCAGUGCUUUUUUUUAAGCACUGAUCACUGUAUUGGUGUCACUGGGGAUGUCAGUGACACCAAGCCAGUUCCUCCCAGUGUCAGUAUGCCCGCUGCAGUCCCGCAGUCUUGCUAUAAGUCGCUG